AUGUCUUUUUCUCUUAGCCUCAGCUCCCUCCUUCUCAUCUUUCUCGUUGAAUAUAUCUCGACGUCCUUCGUUGACCGCCUCCAGUCUUACUCCUCUCCUGUUCCAUCCCCUUCGUCCACCCCCUCGCGUUGCUCCUCGCCUAUACCACCGUAUUCUUCCGCGCUCGUCACAGGGCAAGCGCCCAUAACGUCGCCCGCACAGCUUCCCUCGCCAGUAUCCUCUUCAUCCGUGGAGCGAGAGGAUUUUGCGGUUAGCCACACGGCAGAUGCGCCCCUCCCCCUCGCGCCGCCUGAGUCUGCUGCAGAAGUCAAUGAUUCACUCUCUACCUCGUCCUCUACCUCGUCUUCCUCGUCUUCCUCCUCCUCUGACGCGCACGAGCGCACGCCCCUCCGCGCGCCCUCCCAUGCACAUGCACAUCCGCACCCGGACGGGACAUAUGGCUCGACGCGCCCGGCAGCGCGGAAUCAUGCAGCAUAUGCUCAUCCGUUCCCGCGCUCUACUCGCCGCCCGCGUCGCGCCAGUGAUCCCAGUCAGGGCCCGUCAGGGGUCGGGGUUGCAGUCGCGGAGAUAUUUGCGGGCGGGCACCACCGGCAUGAGGCGCGCGGGGCGCAUGCGUCGCAUCAUGGAGGCGGGAAGGGCGCGGCUUGGCGAUGGUUGUUUGGGCUUGGAGCAGGCGAGCCGAGUGUGCGCCCCGUCCUGGAGGACGGCGAGGUGGGAGUCGAGAGACAUGUGAGGAACGAGCAUUCGGGACAUAUGGAGGCAUGGGGAUCGGGGGAACAUGUAGGCGGCGAAGAGCUGAACGAGACGGAGAUGCAGGUUGGGCGGAGGAGGCAGAUCAUUGGCAUCUUAAUGCUUGAGAUUGGUAUUAUGCUGCACUCUCUCGUGAUUGGCCUCACCCUCGCGAUAACUUCUGGUCCUGAGUACACGUCGCUUGCAACCGCCAUCAUGUUCCACCAACUGUUUGAGGGUCUUUCCCUCGGCAUUCGUAUCGCGACGUUGUCAGCAGUUUCAAACGCAAAAGAGAAGAUCACACUCAUCCGCGGCCUGAUGUCUGCGCUAUCUGCCGGCAUGCUCAUCUACGCUGCAUGCGUGGAAAUGCUUGCGGGAGACUUUGUGCUGGACCCCCAUUUGUGGCGUACCAGCGUGCGGCGGCAAGCGCUAGCACUUGGGAGUCUGCUUCUGGGAGUGGUCGCAAUGGGUGCUGUUGGCACCGGUUUGCAAGAAUCUUGGGAGAGUAAACAAUACAAGCAGCCCUUCUCUGGGAGUACUAUCUUUUCCUUUUGGUUCUCACGUAUCGUCGAAGGCGGUCUCAUGCCGGCGUACCUCAAUUACUGCAUGAGUGACAGAAUGCAGACUGCCGUCGGGAAAAAGGCACCUGUGCUGUUCUAUGUCUACGGCGGGGGAUUCAUCAUGGGCUCUCGUGUUUCUCCGCCACCCUAUGAUCUGUCUUUCACCAAUUUAGGCGCUUUCUUUGCCUAUGCAGGUAUUAUUGCGGUCAUCCCGGACUAUCGUCUUGUACCCGAGGUCAAGCACCCCCAGGGCGUUGAAGACGUCCGCGACGCUAUCGCGUGGACUGUAGAUCACGCCUCCGAGAUCUUCGUACAAGAGGGGUCGAGCGUGCAGCCAGAUCUUGAUCGCGUCUUCGUCUUAGGUCACUCGGCGGGUGCGAUCCACGCGGCAACGUUGGUUCUGCUCCCGGGACUGUUGCACCCUGGGCUUCGACAGCGAAUACGAGGCGUUAUUCUUCAGUGUGGACAGUAUGACCUGAGCCCUCCGCGCCCCGGGCAGGAACAAGCCGUCAUGGAGAAAUAUUAUGGGACCGCGGAGGUAAUGCGGGUUGGUUCACCCAGGUUCCUGCUCGAGCAGGCCGCCGCUUCCUCGAGCAGCACCCUAACGGUCUUCCCGAAAGUAUUGGUUACUCAUGGCGAGUGGGAGCCAAGCGACGUCAUUCAGCAAAGUGAACAGUUUGCUCUUGCUUUGAGGGAGAAGCUGGGAGAUGGCGGGGAGAUUGAGCUUAGGGACCUGUCGAAAACGCAAAGCCCACCAUCCGCGUUCUUCGCGUUCACGUUCCGUGGUAUCAACAUUGACAUGCUCAACAUCGUCGCCGCCAUCGUCGAGUUGCAUUGA